AUGCCUGAGUCUCCUCUCAGUCCCACGGCAGCCCGUCAAACCCCAGCCAGCAGCCUCAUCAGUCACAUAGACAACGUUGCAGGAGAGAGUGUAGCUAAUGGGGACUCCUGCAGUGAAGUGAGCAGAGGAAACUGGCAGAGUCUCCACCAUAAACAGGUCUUCUUGGCAAUGAUGGCUCCUCAGCAGAUGCAGCAGCUUCUGUCCCCCAACCAGCUGCAGGCUCUGAUUCACCAGAAACAACAAGCCCUUCUACUCCAGCAGCAACAUCUUAAAGAGUUUUACAAGAAGCAACAACAACAAAUCCACCUGCAGCUGCUUCAGCAGCAGCCAGGAAAGAAAGGCAAAGAGCUCCCCGCACAGCAGCUUGUGUUGCAGCAGCUCCUCCAAAUCCAGCAGCAGCAGCAGCAGCAGCUGCUCCUCCGGAUGCAGAAACCGGUCCUGUCCUCCCCGUCCCUCUCUCCAGCUGGUUUGACCCCCGCAGAGAUACAGCAGAUAUGGAAAGAGCUGACAAACGGAAUAACAGAAGAUAAAACCACAGUGAAGGCCAAUCAGAGCUCUGCUGCUAACAACAUCAAUCCAACUAAAGUCACAGGGAGACAUACCGCUGACCAGCAGUCUGCCUCUCCUCGCAGGGCAGAAUGUGCUGUUAAAACUGAUCGCACUGCCACACAUGUUCUCUUCGGUCACGGGGUGUGUAAUUGGCCUGGAUGUGAGUCAGUCUGUGAAAACUUCAGCCAGUUUAUAGAGCACAUAUACAGUGACCACACUCUGGAUGACAGAAGUACCGCCCAGUGCAGAGUCCAGAUGCAGGUGGUUCAGCAACUCCAACUUCAGCUUUGCAAAGAACGAGAACGUCUGCGAGCGAUGAUGGCACACCUGCAUCUGCCAUCUUUAGAAGCUCAGUCACUCUCUUCACCCGCGACUCUGCAGUCACCAUCAUUAACCGUAUCACAGUCUGAUACAGCUGCUGACCCAUGCAGUCCACAGCUCAGCUCACUUUCCGUCAACAACAACCUGCCCUCACUGAGCCUGUCAGACUCAGUGCAGGUUUCUCCUCAACCUCUUGCCCCUGUCAGCACUCCAUCCCAGGGGUAUGAAGAAGAGUUGCCCACUCAUACAGCAUGUGCUGGGGCCAUAAGACAUCGUCAUCAGCCUUUGAUCUACUCUCUGUCUUCAGAAAAUGAAUAUGAGCUCUACAAGAACACUGAUAUCAGACCACCUUUCACCUACGCAACACUGAUAAGACAGGCUAUUAUGGAAGCAUCAGACAUGCAACUAACACUCAACGAGAUAUACAACUGGUUCACACGGACGUUUGCCUAUUUCAGACGGAACGCUGCUACUUGGAAGAACGCUGUGCGCCACAACCUGAGCCUGCACAAGUGCUUUGUGCGUGUGGAGAAUGUGAAAGGAGCUGUGUGGACAGUGGAUGAGGUGGAAUACCAGAGGAGGAGAUCCCAGAAGAUUGCGGGGAGUCCGUCACUGAUGAAAAAUGUUUCCUCCAGCCUCGCUUUCGGGGCACAAGUCCAACAGUCUUCUUUCAUUAAAGACAAAACGCUGAAUCUGAAUGACAAAGAAUCUCUGAUGCAGACUGUAGACCAGGUUGGCCUGCAGCUCGACAUGACUGAAAACGACAAAGAGCACUUGUUUGACUUUGAAUGA